CAGUACAUGACACACAUACACAAGCUGCCCAGUUUUUGCAAGUUUACUUCCGUUUUUCUUCAUCGGAAGCUCAUGGCGAAACUUGGGUUAAAAUGUGGAAGCCAGUGACAGAAAAUAAGGUGGCAGUUGCCAUCUGGACGUACCGUGCUGCCAGAGAUGGAGAGCUAUCCUUCAAAAUUGGUGACACCGUCAACCUUCUGGAGUUCACUGAAGGGUGGUACAGGGGCUGUGUUUCCACAGACAGGACGGUUACGGGGGUGUUCCCGUCAUCCCACGUGCAUGUCAAUGAACAAGAUGAAUGCAGCAGUCAGGGGGAAAGUCAAAUAAUCACAGAUAGCCUGAUUGAGGAGUUGGACAUUGUUCUCAAGGAGUGGCAUCUAGUCUUGAAGGAGAAAUUCAGAAAAUAUACCAUAUGGCUGUUCAAGGAGGUACGGAAGGUUAUGCUGGAGCUUAUCGACCUACGACGGCAGCUGAUGUCAGGUCAGCUGCCCCAGGAGCCAGCCAGGGAGGUUCGGAUACAGAUUGCCAAGAGGAUGGACUGGGGCAACCAGCAGCUGAACCUAGACCUGGUGCCGUCCGUGGAGGGGAAGAUCGUGGACACCACCAACACCAGCAUUGUGGAAUUGCAUGAUGUGCAUUUCAGGAGUGUCGAGCAGACAGCACAGCAGUUUGUGGAUGCAGGAGGUCUGCAGGUUACCUCAUCUGCCAAAGACAUAGCACCUCCCGCCCAGAUCCAAGGCAAACCCUUAGAGGGGAUAUCAUCCUUUUCCCACCACAUCCAUCAUAUCCACUUACAACUCAAAAACUUUGGCUGUAGCAUCGGGGAGGAGGCCCAGGCAUUCUUUGCGCUGUACGACGCCAAAAGCAACCACUUUAUCAGCGAACGAUAUCUUGCCAAGUUCAACAGGCUGGGUGUACCAGACAACAUUGACAAGAUUGGCAACUUGUGCACCAUAUUCUGUGAUCUAAGCACCAAGGACUUGGGCCGGGACUUAUAUCUGACCUGCCACAUUAUCAGAGUUGGAGCCAUGGUACCAACCAACAAGAAGCACGCUUCCAACUUCAGGAGACCUUACGGGUGCGGCGUCAUCAGUUUGUCGCCCAUUCUGUCCGAAAAGAUUGAUGACCAGUCCACAACAAAGGACACCGUCAUGAAGAUUUUCCAAGGAUCCUCGGAAGCUGAGUUCUUCCAGUUACAUGAGAACAUCAUCCGCAAGCAUGCCAACAAGACGGGCUCGACCAGCACCACCAACAUCGGCAUCUCGCUGGCAGUGCGCAUGCUGCACGGCCACUUUGACCAGCUCAAGCGCGAGAUGCCGCUGCUUUUUAGUAAAGGAGUCCCCACUACGCGCAAGCUGGGAUUCUCUGAUGUCAUCAUGCCGGGCGAUGUGAGGAAUGACCUAUAUUUGAUGCUGGACAGGGCGGAGUUUGAAAGGGGGCGGAAGACGGCCAGCAGGAAUGUUGAAGUAACCAUACACGUUAUAGAUGGCUAUAACAAGAAGAUGAAAUGCAUCUGGUUGGGAGGUGAUGAAAGUGACACAGACGAGUACCGAUCCACUAUCUAUUACCACACCAACCAACCCCACUGGUUGGAGAACAUCCGUCUCAGCAUUCCCAUGGAGAAGUUCAAGGACACCCACAUUCGGCUAGAAUGUCGCCAUUGUUCUACCAGUAGGGGGGAUCGGAGCCUGUUUGCCAUGGCGUUCAUGAGACUCAUGAAGGACGAUGGAACUACUCUGGAGGACAGUGAGCAUGAACUGUUUGUGUACAAGUGUGCGGAGAACCAGGAGUUCCACGACCUGUCCUAUCUAAACCUGCCAUUCUGCACUCAGGAGAUUGUCACCAAGGCUUCCCCCGUCUUUGGCACUGGCACGUACAGCAGGAACAUGAAGGAGUCGCUGUUUGUCAGAACUAUCAUCUGCUCUACCAAGCUCACGCAAAAUGUCUUCCUCCUGGGCCUGCUAAAAUGGAAGAUGCAUCCUGAGAACCUCAAGGAGAUUCUCCACAGCAUCACCAAAGUAGGAGGGCAGGAGAUUGUAAGGGUUCUUCAAGACAUUUUGGAUGCACUGUUUAACAUCCUGGAUGAGAGAGCCGAAGACUUUGAGAAGGAUGUCUUCGAUGCCUUGGUCUACAUCUUAGGCAUUCUUGGCGAUACCAGAUUCAAGUCUUUUACUACCGUCUUAGACACCUACAUUGAGAACUUCUUUGCCAGCACCCAAGCUCACAGGUUUUUGGUGAAGCAACUGAAGCGCUACAUCGAUAAUUCCAUGAUUGAGAAGGCAGAAAUUGUAGUCAGCACCCUCAAGGCUGUGCAGAACCUCUUCAAGUUCAUCUUUAGGUCCCACGUCUUGUACCAGAAGGCAACGGGUGAUUUGCAUGAUGGUAACAUUCAGGACAGCAUGCGAUGUCUGUUUGGCUCCAUGAACAAGUUGAUGACGCACACUGAAGAUAAGCUCCAUCUACACCAGUUAAUUUUGCUGAAGAACUUCAGCCACAUCUCCACAGAGCUGAGGGUCAUGUACACCUCACCAGAAGUCAGCCAGUUCAUCAUUGACCUCCUGGAGCACAUGCCUGUCAAAGACUUACCCACAGAGGUCCUGAGAGCUAAGCUCGCCUUCCUGUCCGAGACCAUCAACAGCAACCUCUUCAAGGAAUCAAUGUCGAGGAAGUUCCUGCUAGAGCCUUGCGUCAAGCAGCUGCGGAUGCACAUUGAGAACAGGGAGGAGUGCAGCAUGUGUGUGGACAUCUUGUGUAGCAUGCUAGCAAGCCUCUACAAGAUAUCAAAGUCGGAAUCCGUAGAUGCGGAUGUCAACAUCAUGGUGAAGCUGCUUCUUGGAAGCAUUCUCAAUAUGAUCAUGUCGCUGGAUAGGAAGACGAACACCGUGGUUCUGUGUAUCUCCUGUCUCCUGGAUCUGCUGAGGCUGAUGAAGGAAUCCCACUACCAGGAUCUGAAAGCCAGCCUACGAGACCGGGAGAGGCAUCGGGACUUCCUCAAGAGGAUCCUCAGGGUCUUCAAGGAGCUGUCUUCCCGGGAGAUCUACCCAACAGAGUGGAUGGCUAUGAAGAUGCUAGCCAGCAGUGUGAUACUCAACGCAACAAGACGAGUAUCCGUAGAUCUGUCCAGCACAUUCCUGAAUGCGGAAAGUGCCAAUGUGCAGAAUUACAGUCGGUUAUCUGGUGGAGAAAACUGGCUGGAGAGGAGAGUUGGGUAUGAACUGUGGUAUGACUUCUUCCGUCUGGCCUGUAUCUUCAUCACCCAACCCUGCCUUCAGCUGGACACCAUGACGCCAGCUAAACAAGACCGAAUCAUCAGCCGAUACGGAGACAUGAGGGUGGAUAUGGCUCAGGAGAUUGUCAGCAAGUGGCAGAGUCUAGGAGAUUAUAAGAGCUUGUUUCGUGACCUGACCCGACCUUUCCUGGAGGUCACCAUGGUGAGGCAAGCGGAGAUCCGUCGCCUUAUCCUGCCCAUCAUUUUCGACAUCAUGUGCUGUGAGAAACUGGAGCGCGGCAAUUUCAACCAGCUUGAGGAUGAUCUUAUAGACAAGCUGGACACCAUGGUGUGCGUGGAGAAGAAAGGAGAUGAAAAUUACACAGUCCUCUUCAAUCAAGUCUUGCUUGAAUGUAUAGCCAGCCAGCCUUGGAGAGAAGAAGGUGAACAGUUUGUGGACAAAGUCAAACGUUUGCUAGAACGACUGAUCGACUACCGAAACGUGGCUGAUACCAGCGUGGAGAACAGACACCUGCGCCUCAAUUGCAUGUACAAUCUCAUGAAUUUCUACAAGGAUGAUGCUAAUCGCGAAGACAUCUACGCCCGGUACAUCUACCGUCUACGAGACCUCCAUCUGGAGUCCAACGACUACACGGAAGCGGCCUUCACGUUGCUGGUGUUGGCCAAGUCUCUGGAGUGGCGGAAUAAGAUCUUGCCAUCGGACGACAAGCACCCGAAGCAGAGCGAGAUGCAGAGGAAGGAAUCGCUCUACCAUGAGAUCAUUAACCUAAUGGACAAAGGCGAGAUCUGGGAGUUUGGUAUUCCCCUGUGCAAAGAGUUGUCGGUACAGUAUGAGAGCAAGCUCUUUGACUAUGGAAAGAACAGCAGAAUCCUGCAAGCUCAAGCGUCGUUCUUCGACAACAUCCUCAAGAAGCAGAGACAACCUCCAACCUACUUCAGAGUCACCUUCUACGGCAACUUCCCUCUCAAGAGCAAAGCGUGGAUUUAUCGCGGCCGUCCCUUUGACCAGCUGGGCGUUGUCUUUGAGCGGCUUCAGGCUGACUUUCCCCAGGCCAAGAAUUGGCAGAAGAACACGCCGCCAGACAACUCCGACUUACAGAACAAUCAGUAUAUCCAGGUUAGAUCGGUUGACACAGUGCCAUCUGACAAUCCCUUCAGAGACAUGAAUGUGCCGAUUCAGAUCAGCGGUUUCUACGACACCCACAAAAUCAGCAAGUUCAAGUUUGACCGUCCCUUCCAUAAGGGAGACAAAGAUCCUGACAAUGAGUUCAAGACGCUCUGUGUAGAACAGACACAGCUCAACACAGAGUACACCCUUCCCAGUCUGCUACGAUGGGCUGACGUUGUCGAUACUGAAACGAUUGAGCUGACCCCCAUCCAGAAUGCCGUCAACGUCAUGGAGAACAAGAACAAAGCCAUCCGCACCUUGACGGCUGAGAUGUACGCCAAUCCCAACAGUAACAUUAACCCACUCAGCAUGGUACUGCAGGGAACCAUCGACGCUGCGGUGCAGGGCGGUCCAAAGAAAUACAAACUGGCCUUCCUGAGCAACGAAUACAAGAAGCUUCAUCCAGAGGACAGUGAACUGUGCUUACAACUGGAAGGACUUAUCAAGGAACAGAUGCAGAUAUUGAAGGAAGGAGUGGAUCUUCACGAGCGACUUUGCCCAGAUGAUUUAGCUCAUUUCCAGCACAACUUGUCGAUGAAACUCUCCGAACUCCGCAGAGACUUUGGCCUGUCGACUGUGCCAAUCCGAGUUGCCAGCACUCCCCCAACGCCAACAGGCAAGGGACCGAGGAUCAGCACAGCUUCUGCCAUCACCACGUUCCGGAAAUCAAUUGUACCUACCUCGCAAAGCUCAAGCAAGUCGCAGCCUGCCACUGAAGAGUCGCCUAGUCUGAGCAAGUUCUACCUGGAUUCCAUCACCGAGAGCGACACCUCGGUGUCACCCACACAAUAUCGCAAGUGGUUUGUGGUAGGUAGAAUGUAUGGGGUAGGUAUCUUGGUCACAUGCAUGUGACUUGCGCAGCAUGGAGACUGAUAUUUGGGGGAAUUUGAAUGUGAUGUGAGGAUGCAAGGUCUUGAUUUUGGUUUCAGAGGCCUUAGUCUGUCAUCACACAGAUCAAGGAGAUUUGUGACUCGCUUGUUGGAUUGAAUUUUGGAUUAUACUGAUAGAGGCUUUACAUGGUAGCCAUCUUGGAGAGCACUUGUUUUGUCCCACAGGGAAACCUCCUUUUUGCAUUACUUGUUGAAGUUUGAACAGAAACACUGGCCCACAAGAUGGCAGCCAUGCAAACCCUCUAUACAGAAGGGGCCUGCAUCAUUUCAUACAACUGUUAAAUCACUCAUACUGGCACAGCAUGCACAGAGAUUACUUAAGCCAAAAAAAGUUAUGCUUCCUGUUUCACUAACUACCCUAUUUUGACGGCACAACCCUGAAAAUAUUUUUGGAAGGGCAAUUUUAAGAAAAUGUGAAAUGAAAAACAAAGAAAAAGUGUGUUUAUUUUAAUUUGAAUGUGGAGGAGAUAAGUUCAACUUACUUUUUUAUUAAACUAUUGUUCAUUUAAUUUGCGACAAAUGCCACCGGAUGUGUCUUGCUGCUCAUACUGUAAUGGGAAGCACAGCUUUUUUGGCCUUAGUGAUAACUGGUUUCCCGCCAAAAUCCCUUCGGAGGUGUGUUGCUUGUCACUGGUUCCCAGCUGGUUUUGGCCCUGCAGAAAAGCUUGCCAAGCAAACAUCAACUGGAAUUGGGCCCAGUUUUGGCUCAUCAUUGGAAGGGGUCAAAUCUGGAUGUUGCAAUUUGGAUUGUAGAUUAAAGACAAUUAUUUCCCUGAUGGAUGUGCCCGACUGCAUGGUUUAAGAGGAAGGGAAAGUAAUGAACAAGUGCAAAAGCUUGUGAAGCUAUUAUGUGUCAAGGUCUCGCAUCCAAAGACCUAUGCACUUAGAACCUUGGUAUUAACGAUACCAUUGAAAGGUAUUUCCACUAUGCUGAAUUUCAUUGGUGAUACCUGCGAUUGGUGUGGCAGUAUUGCGAAAAGUCUGAUAAUUAGAAACAAGAAGAGGGUUUUUAAUGGUAUAUCUGUGAUUAACCAGUAUUCACCACAUGUCCUCACAAGUCAAUCCGAUGUCCUCACAAGUCAAUUACAUGUCCUCAUAAGCCAUUUAGUUUCAAGCCAAGUCACAAAACUAUUCACGUGAACCGUGACAAAAGCAUUCCGCAGUCUCUCUGUUGCUACGAAUAAUGACUUGUGAUGGACUUCACUACGGCCUUGCUACCAGAAUUUCA